GUGACCAACCAGAGAGCCACAGGUUGAGUGUUGGCUUUCGAGUGCUCACCCAAUCCUCAUAUCAUGUCCACCAUGCCAAACUCAGACUCAGACCACCCACAACCACCAGCAAGGACGAAUCGACGAAACCUUCAACUAUUCAUCCUCUGCCUCAUCAGACUAUGCGAGCCCAUCUCAUUCACAGUCAUCUUCCCCAUGGUCGCAUUCAUGGUGGCCGAAUUUAAUCCGACUCUGUCAGAGAAAGAGGUCGGCUUUUACUGUGGCGCCAUCGAAUCGAUCUUCUCCUUGGCCCAAUUCUCAACAAUAAUCUUAUGGGGAAAACUGAGCGACCGUAUCGGCCGGAAACCCGUCCUCCUAAUUGGCCUCCUAGGCGUCUCGAUCUCCACCCUCGCAUUCGGUUUCAGCUCCAGCUUCUGGACUAUGAUUGCUGCUCGUUCUAUCGGAGGAAUCCUGAAUGGAAACGCCGCGGUGAUCAAAUCUAUGGUUGCUGAACUCACCACAACUGACAAUCAGGCCUUGGCGUUCUCCUUACUACCUACAUCGUUUGCAAUUGGAUCGGCUAUCGGCCCAUUACUUGGGGGCUAUUUAUCUCGUCCAGCGGAGAGGUUUCCUCACUCAUGGUUUGGUACUAGUUCCUUUUGGCAGAACCAUCCCUGGCUUUUACCAUGUGCAGUGGCCGCAAUAGCCCCUCUUCUCGGUUUUGUGAUGGCAACCUUGUGGCUCAAGGAGACAUUGAUCAAGAAAAACCCGACCAACGGUGAACGAGCUCCAUUGCUUCAAUCCGCAACGGAUAUCGAUGCUCAAGAGCCACUCGCCCCCACUGCCCCCACUCCUGCUUCACCAACUAAGAUCGUCGACCUGUUGAAAGAUCGCAACCUACUGAUCAUCCUGAUAUCGUAUUCAUUACUGUCUUUUCAAACCAUAUCUCUGGAAGCCUUGAUUGUACUAUUUGCUUACACACCAAUAAAAUCUGGAGGGAUAGGGUUCUCCAGUGCAGAUAUCGGAUUGGCUCUAUCAGUAUCUGGAGUAAUGAUCAUUUUUGUCCAGCUUGGACUUUUCCCUUUCUUUCAAAAACGAUUAGGGACUGCCAGGUUAUACAAGAUAUGCAUGUCAGCGUAUCCUCUAAUCUUUUUCUUGUUCCCUAUCAUUCACCUCAUCGCUCGAUUCGAAGACAAUAAUCGUCAAGAGGGGGUAUCUGAUUUCACGGGGGUUUGGAUUGGAAUUUGGAUCAUCAUGAUUUUAAAAACCACAGCAAACAUGGUAUUCUCUUGCAACAUGCUCCUGGUGAGUGCAGUAGCGCCGUCGAGGGUCGUCUUAGCAACAAUCAAUGGAUUGGCCCAAUCUUGCGCUAGCUUUGUGAGAGCAGUCGGGCCAAUCACAGCUUCUAGUCUAUUUGCCCUUUCGGUCUUACACCAAAAAUUUCUCAAUGGCAAUUCAGUUUUCCUCUUGUUUGCAUCCAUCGCUCUUGGUGGGUUCCUGAACUCUUUAAACAUCCAAGAUGGACGCGAGGAGUGGAGAAAUACUUGAAACCCUGUCUCUCUGACAUUGUGUUUAUCAAGGCUUCAGAGUUGUUGCAUAUUGUCUUUGUGGUGAAUACCUACUUAUAAUCAGUUUCAGUACGAUUGUUGCAUCUUCAGUCUUGUUUAGAUUGGUACUGCUCCAAAGUACAUGCUUCCUCAACCUUCAAAUUAAUUCUUGAUAUUAUGAGAUUGACUGAUACAAUGUGGAUGUCAGUUUAACCUUUUA